AUGGCCGCCCCAAGGCGAGUCACUCUCAAGGAAGCCGGGAGAGCUAAGGAGUGGUUCUACUCUUUGCCAAGUGAGAUUGUUGGUGAUUGGGACUUGCUUAGAAGAGAGUUCUUAGACAAAUUCUUUCCUGCGGCAAUGACAGAUAAGUUGCGGAAAGAAAUCUCAUGCAUCUUCCAAGGCGAAUUGGAAACCAUAUGUGAAUAUUGGGAGCGGUUCCGAAAGCUUCUUGACUCAUGCCCCAACCAUAUGAUUGACACUCUUGUGUUAAUAAGCUAUUUUUGUCAAGGGAUGAAACCACAAGAUAAGAUCCUCCUAGAUGCUUCAAGCAAUGGUUCUUUGACAAAAUAUAGAAUGGCGGAGGAGGCUUGGCAAUUGAUCUCCGACUUGGCCGAAUCCACCUUGCAUGCUAGACAAAGAAGCAAUCACCCUAGAGCUGUUAAUGAAGUCUCUUCUAGUGGUGAGACCGCCACCCUUACCAAAACCUUGUGUGAGAUGACAAGUCUUCUAAACAAAACCACCCAUCAGAGCCAUUGUUACCAAUUGGUCAUUAAGGCGUAUUCUCAAGAUACCUAUAUCUACAAUACUUCCAUUGUAGGUAAUGUAUUUGGGUUCAAGGCCCUUCGCGCCCUACGUCUGGAAGAUUUGCGAAUCCCUAUCUCUUAUAUUAAAACUUUCCAAGGUCCGCCUCAUGGCAUCCAAGUUGAAAGAGAUAAAUUAAACAAGUAUGGUCGCCCCCUAUUGGGAUGUACUAUUAAACCAAAAUUGGGGUUAUCCGCGAAGAAUUACGGUAGAGCAGUUUAUGAAUGUCUUCGCGGUGGACUUGAUUUUACCAAAGAUGAUGAAAAUGUGAAUUCUCAACCAUUUAUGCGUUGGAGAGACCGUUUCUUAUUUUUUGCCGAAGCAAUUUUUAAAUCCCAGGCCGAAACUGGUGAAAUCAAAGGGCAUUACUUGAACGCUACUGCAGGUACAUGCGAAGAAAUGAUAAAAAGAGCUGUAUUUGCUAGAGAAUUGGGCGCUCCUAUCGUAAUGCACGAUUACUUAACAGGGGGAUUCACUGCAAAUACUAGUUUGGCUCAUUAUUGCCGGGAUAAUGGACUACUUCUUCAUAUCCAUCGUGCAAUGCACGCAGUUAUCGAUAGACAGAAGAAUCAUGGUAUGCACUUUCGUGUACUAGCUAAAGCGUUACGUUUGUCUGGUGGAGAUCAUAUUCACGCCGGUACCGUAGUAGGUAAACUUGAAGGGGAAAGAGAUAUUACUUUAGGUUUUGUUGAUUUAUUACGUGAUGAUUUUAUUGAAAAAGAUCGAAGCCGUGGGAUUUAUUUCACUCAGGAUUGGGUUUCUCUACCAGGUGUUCUUCCCGUUGCUUCGGGGGGUAUUCACGUUUGGCAUAUGCCUGCUCUGACCGAGAUCUUUGGAGAUGAUUCCGUACUCCAAUUCGGUGGUGGAACCUUAGGGCAUCCUUGGGGAAAUGCACCAGGUGCCGUAGCUAAUCGAGUAGCUCUCGAAGCAUGUGUACAGGCUCGGAAUGAGGGUCGUGAUCUUGCUCGUGAGGGUAAUGAAAUCAUCCGUGAGGCGAGCAAAUGGAGUCCUGAAUUAGCUGCUGCUUGUGAAGUAUGGAAGGCGAUCAAAUUUGAAUUCCCAGCAAUGGAUACUUUGUAAUCCGGUGGUUACCGUUCGUUCUAGAUAAUUGCAAUUAAACUCGGCUCAAUCUUCAAAAAAGGAUUGAGCCGAAGACAAAGAUACUUAAUUUAUUGCAUAAACAUAAUAUAUCU